AAUGGCACAUGGCCUUUAUUUUGGAAUGGGAUGUGAUGAGAGCGCGUUGCCAGUAGGUGGCGGCAGAACUAGGCGGUGGUGCGCCGACGGUGUCGUCCUACAAAUGGGCGUCACACGAUCCAAAAAGCGAGUGAAGGACUCCUCCCUGCGACACUUGCAUGAUGUGUGCGCAGAAGUUGAGCAAAUCGCAGACAAUCACCCUCCGGCGGAAUCUCAUCGGGCCUUCAUGUAAAAUCUUCUUCAGCGAUGACCCCAUUAAAAUGGUGCGGGCCAGGGGUCAGUACAUGUAUGACGAGAAGGGCCGACGCUACUUGGACUGUAUCAACAACGUGGCUCAUGUGGGUCACUGCCACCCUGACGUGGUGCAGGCCGGCGCGCGUCAAAUGGGAGAGCUCAACACCAACUCGCGCUUCCUGCACGACAACUUGGUGCUGUACGCCCAGAGGCUGCAGGCCACGCUACCCAGCCAGCUGUCGGUCUUCUAUUUCGUCAAUUCUGGAUCGGAGGCCAACGACCUGGCGCUCCGCCUCGCCCGCCAGUACUCGGGUAGCGAAGAUAUCAUCACCUUGGACAACGCCUAUCACGGCCACGUGACGUCUCUUAUCGAAAUCAGCCCCUACAAGUUGCACCACCUGUCCGACGCGUCGCUGCAACCUUAUGUCCACGUGGCCCCGAGCCCGGACGUGUACCGAGGCAAAUACAAACGCGACCACCCGGAUCCGGCCAAAGCGUACGCAGACGAAGUGCGGGAUAUCAUCAAGCGAGUGCAGAGUAACGGACGCAAGAUAGCCGCGUUUAUCGCCGAGUCAUUGCAGAGUUGCGGCGGGCAGGUCAUCCCCCCCGCCGGCUACUUCCAGCAAGUGGCCGAGCACGUCCGCGAAGCGGGAGGAUUGUUCAUCGCCGACGAAGUUCAGGUGGGCUUCGGCCGAGUCGGCACUCACUUCUGGGCCUUCCAGCUGCAGGGUGACGACUUUGUCCCCGACAUCGUCACCAUGGGAAAACCCAUCGGCAACGGGCACCCAAUGUCGUGCGUGGUCACCAGCAGGAAAGUCGCUGAGGCCUUCAUGUCGUCGGGGAUGGAGUAUUUCAACACGUUCGGAGGUAACCCGGUGUCAUGCGCCAUCGGCCUGGCUGUCCUGGACGUGAUCGCCAAGGAAGACCUGCAGGGUCAAGCGUUGCGGGUCGGAGGGUACUUGACGUCCCUGCUGGAAAAGCAAAAAGAGAAACACCCUUUGAUCGGUGACAUCAGAGGUUGUGGCUUGUUCGUGGGCGUGGAACUGGUGAGGGACAGAUCAAAGCUGACCCCGGCUACCGCAGAGGCGCAAGAGGUCAUAUAUCGGUUGAAGGAACAGCUUAUUCUGCUGAGCGCCGACGGCCCGCAUCGCAACGUGCUGAAGUUCAAACCCCCCAUGUGCUUCAGCGCUGAGGACGCAGACUUUGUGGUGGACAAAAUGGAUGCCAUCUUCACAGAAAUUGAAGCAGCAACAGGUUUAAAAACUGCCAGCGUUAAAAAUGGAGACACUGACGUCAAUACAACAAAGGUGGAGCUGGAUAAACACACGUCCAAUCAUCUUUGUGAUGUCAAGGCUUCGUGAGAGCAAAAAUGCUGGUUGCAAAACAGGCUAAAGUUUGUUGAUGUGAGGAUAAGCUAAAGGGCAAAAUCGGAUCAGAUCCAUGUUUGUUAAAAAAAAAAAGCAGUCUCAGGGAUUUGCAAUAUUUAAUGAUUAUAAAUGGUGCGACGUGUGCAAUAUGAAAUUGUGAUUUAAAUGUGCAACAUUUGUCUCUACAUUAAAGGCAAAAUUGAGCUAUUCAGUUGUCGAUUUCUUUCUGAAAAACUUUAUUUCAAGACUGUAACAAAAAAGCAAAAAAAACAAAAAAAAAUCACACUUUUUGCUUCAUCUCUAUCUCAAUUUCUUAAGCGACAUCAGUGCUUUUAGUCCAUAUUGGCUGAAUCAUCAUCCACAGUUGACUUCGGUCGGUGUCUUCAUCCCAUCAGGUAUCCACUAGAAGGUCAAUAAAAAAGGGG